AUGAGUAUUUUCUUACUUCCUUCCUCCUUGAUUGAUGAAAUUGAAAAAAUGCUGAAUUCGUUCUGGUGGGGUCAUACAAGAGAUAAUUCAAAAGGUAUUCAUUGGUUAUCGUGGGACAAGCUGUCUAUGCCUAAGAAAGUUGGUGGUAUGGGUUUCAAAAAUCUAAGUGCUUUCAAGUAUGCCAUGUUAAGCAAACAAGCUUGGAGCCUUAUGAUUAAGCCUAACACUAUGGUUUCGCGCCUUUACAAGGCUAGAUACUUUCCCAAUUGCGAUUUUCUAAAAUUAGAGAUUGGACAUAAUCCGAGUUAUGUUUGGCGUAGUAUUUGGAGUGCUAAAUUUGUGGUGAGAGGAGGUUACAAGUGGCGUAUUGUUACGGGCGAGUGCAUCCCGGUUUGGGAUCAAAACUGGUUACAUGAUAGUUCCGUGGUUACUAAUCUGUGGCCCGAUAAUCUGAUGGUGGAAAAUCUUAAAGUUUCAGAUCUUAUUAACCCGAAAGGUAAACAUUGGAAGUUGAAUUUGAUUUAUCUGUUAGUAGGUGGUGAAGUAACGCAAAACAUUAUCAACACUCCAUUAUUCGAAGCGGUUCACGAGGAUAAAAUGGUUUGGAAUCUUGAAAAGAACGGUAUUUUUUCUGUGCGUAGUGCCUAUCGUUACUGUGUCAACGAAGCCAUAAACACCUCUCAUCUGGCGUUUAUGUAG